UAACGUUACACGAGUACAAUUGCACAGGGACAAAGCGUCACAGAGAUCAUGAACGUCACCGGUACUAAUCCGAAAAGGAAAAAGAAGAAAUGAAUUUGUUUCGUUCCUUGACCGAAUUUUCUUCUUUCUUUCUCUGAUGCAGGUGCUGAUAACGAAGCUCUGGUCCGCGACGAACGCAGAAACUCAGCAAUACCGAAAGGCGAGCAAAGCGUUGCUAGUACUGAUACCUCUCCUGGGAGUGACUUAUGUACUGGUGCUGACUGGACCCACAGAGGGUCAGGUUGCUAAUGCAUUCUCCUACACUCGAGCCGUGUUACUUUCUUCGCAGGGUCUGUUCGUCGCGUUGUUUUACUGUUUCCUAAACACCGAGGUUCAAAACACGGUGAAACACCACAUCGAACGAUGGACAACGGCUCGUGAUCUGGACACAGAAAGAAGGUAUUAUAACAAUUGGUCCCCCCGUUCGAGAACAGAGAGUAUAAGAUUGUACUGCCCCCCAUCGAACCCAUAUAGGAAAAGGGACUCAUCCGUAAGCGAGACGACGACCACGACCGUAAUAGGAUUAAACUCGACCACCACUUUCCUAGAUAAAUCGAAGAAGGCGAUCUCAGAAGAUCUGAACGAAUAG